CCGCCCCCUUCCCCUGCCCUGCCACCCUUUCCGCCCCCUAGACCCUUCUGGGGGGGUUUCCCAGUCCCGGUCCUCCCCCGCCCCGUCCCCAUCCCCGAGGACCCUGGCGCCCCAGCCGCAAGGGCUGCGCCUCCGGGAGCCGCGAUGUGCGUCCUCUCAGAGCCUGUGGGCCUCCUUGCCCUCACUGCCCUCCAUCUCCUCAGCACAGGCCCCCACUUCCUUCAGAAUGACGCUGGACGUGGGGCCGGAGGAUGAGCUGCCCGACUGGGCCGCGGCCAAGGAAUUUUACCAGAAGUACGACCCUAAAGACAUCAUUGGCAGAGGAGUGAGCUCUGUGGUCCGCCGUUGCAUUCAUCGAGCGACCGGCAAUGAGUUUGCAGUGAAGAUCAUGGAGGUGACAGCUGAGCGACUGAGUCCCGAGCAGCUGGAGGAGGUGCGGGAAGCCACGCGGCGAGAGACGCAGAUCCUGAGCCAGGUCGCCGGCCACCCCCACAUCAUCACUCUCAUCGAUUCCUACGAGUCUUCUAGCUUCAUGUUCCUGGUGUUUGACCUGAUGCGGAAGGGAGAGCUCUUUGACUAUCUCACAGAGAAAGUGGCCCUCUCAGAAAAGGAAACCAGGUCCAUCAUGAGGUCAGUGCUGGAAGCAGUGAGCUUUCUCCACGCCAACAACAUCGUGCACCGAGACUUGAAGCCUGAGAAUAUUCUCCUAGACGACGAUAUGCAAAUCCGACUUUCAGAUUUUGGGUUCUCCUGCCACUUAGAACCUGGCGAGAAGCUACGAGAGUUGUGUGGGACCCCAGGGUAUCUAGCACCAGAGAUCCUUAAAUGCUCCAUGGAUGAAACCCACCCAGGCUACGGCAAAGAGGUCGACCUCUGGGCCUGUGGGGUGAUCUUAUUCACACUCCUGGCUGGCUCGCCACCCUUCUGGCACCGGCGCCAGAUCCUGAUGCUGCGCAUGAUCAUGGAGGGCCAGUACCAGUUUAGUUCACCCGAGUGGGAUGACCGUUCAAAUACCGUCAAAGACCUGAUCUCCAAGCUGCUGCAGGUGGAUCCUGAGGAGCGCCUGACGGCCGAGCAGGCCCUACAACACCCCUUCUUUGAGCGUUGUGAAGGCAGCCAACCCUGGAACCUCACCCCCCGCCAGCGGUUCCGGGUAAGCCAGAGAGUGUCAGGGCCUGGGCCUGUCCCCCUGCCUUUGGUGCUUCUUCUGUGGUGGACACUCAACUGGAGCUCCCACUGCCCGUUCCCAGGUGGCAGUAUGGACAGUGCUGGCUGCUGGACGAGUGGCCUUAAGCACCCACCGUGUUCGGCCCCUGACCAAGAGUGCCCUAUUGAGGGACCCUUAUGCACUGCGGCCGGUACGGCGCCUCAUCGACAGCUGUGCCUUCCGGCUUUAUGGGCACUGGGUGAAGAAGGGCGAGCAGCAGAACCGGGCGGCCCUCUUCCAGCAUCGGCCCCCUGGGCAUUUUCCCAUCACGGGCCCUGAAGAGGAGGGAGACUCUGCUGCUAUCACUGAGGAUGAGGCCAUGCUGUUGGUGGGUUAGGUCCCCAGCCCUGGGGAACCUCAGAAAGCAGGACUCUCCAGGAGGAGGACUUUUCAUCAGACUAGUCCCCCUGGGAUAGCCUCAGGCCCACCAGUGAUCAUGCUAUUAUCACAAAGACCCAGCCCUGUACACGCACGCCCCCUCCCCCUGGCCAGGGCUUUGACAGCAGAGCUGGGGUGGAAGGGAGCCACUUGGAAUGUCAUGCCUGGCCUGGUUGGUGCUGCCUGUGCUGCAUAUGAAAUAAAAUCUGCUCCAUGCCAGGGA